UAGUUCACUGAUAAUGGCUGUCCUUGAUAAGAUAGGGACAAUGCAAAAGAGAGAAUUGAAGGAAUUUAAAGUAGGCAACUGUACUAUAUGGGACAAUACUGCUCAUGAGGUAUUAUCAGCAAUGACAAGUAAAGAAAUUGAGCAACCUACCAAAAAGACGGUUAAUAAUUAUGAAGACAUGGAGAGAGAACUAUUGUCAAUGAAGCAACAGUUAGCUGAGAAGGAGAAACAAGUACAAGAACUUCAAAUGAAAUUACAAACAAAACAAGAGAAGGAACAUAUACCAACAGAGUCUGUUGAUGAAUUGAAUAAGAAGGUAAAGACACAAUAUGCAAUUAGUAGAAGAAAGACAAUGGAGAUUGAAGACUUAAAGGCUACCAUGAGACAAAAAGAGAUUGAUACUCAGAAAGAGUUAGCAUCAUUGAAGGAACUGUCAGAGAUUAGACUACAAGAAAUAGAACAACUGAAACUGAAACUUGAAGACAAUAACAGCAAGAGUAUGUAUAAUACAUUAAAUACAACAUUAAUUUAAUAUU